AUGGAGGUCAACAUGGGGGUCAUGGAUGAGAAUGCCACAAACACCUCAACCAACUAUUUUUCUCUGCUUGACCCCCACGGAACCCAAGCUGCUUUCUUCCCGUUCAACUUCAGCUAUGGCGACUAUGAUAUGCCCUUGGACGAAGAUGAGGAUGUGACCAAUUCCCGGACCUUCUUUGCUGCCAAAAUUGUCAUUGGCAUGGCACUGGUGGGCAUCAUGCUGGUCUGUGGUAUUGGCAACUUCAUCUUCAUCGCCGCCCUGGCCCGCUACAAGAAGCUGCGCAACCUCACCAAUCUGCUCAUCGCCAACCUGGCCAUCUCUGAUUUCUUGGUGGCCGUCGUCUGCUGCCCCUUUGAGAUGGACUACUACGUGGUACGCCAGCUCUCCUGGGAGCACGGCCACGUGCUGUGCGCCUCUGUCAACUACCUGCGCACUGUCUCUCUCUACGUCUCCACCAACGCCCUGCUGGCCAUCGCCAUCGACAGAUAUCUGGCCAUUGUCCACCCGCUGAGACCCCGCAUGAAGUAUCAAACGGCCACUGGCUUGAUUGCCUUAGUGUGGAUGGUGUCCAUCCUCAUUGCCAUACCGUCAGCCUACUUCACCACUGAAACGGUCCUCCUCAUUGUCAAGAGCCAGGAGAAGAUCUUCUGUGGCCAGAUCUGGCCAGUGGACCAGCAGAUCUACUACAAGUCAUACUUCCUCUUCAUCUUCAGCAUUGAGUUCUUGGGCCCGGUGGUCACCAUGACCCUGUGCUAUGCCAGGAUCUCCCGGGAACUCUGGUUCAAGGCUGUCCCUGGUUUCCAGACUGAGCAGAUCCGGAAGCGGCUGCGCUGCCGCCGGAAGACGGUCCUGGUGCUCAUGUGCAUCCUCACCGCCUACGUGCUGUGCUGGGCGCCCUUCUAUGGCUUUACCAUCGUGCGUGACUUCUUCCCCACCGUGUUUGUGAAGGAGAAGCACUACCUCACGGCCUUCUAUGUGGUUGAGUGCAUCGCCAUGAGCAACAGCAUGGUCAACACUGUGUGCUUCGUGACCGUCAAGAACAACACCAUCAAGUACUUCAAGAAGAUCAUGCUGCUCCACUGGAAGGCUUCUUACAGUGGGAGUAAGUCCAGUGGGGACCUUGACCUCAAAACCACGGGGGUGCCUGCCACUGAAGAGGUGGACUGCAUCAUACUGAAAUAA